GUCUGCCAGACCCGGUCGGCCAAAGCCAUUUCGCGGGUGGCGUACCACAGCGGCGUGGUGAUCGUGAGGUGCCCGGGCUGCGGGAGCCAGCACCUCGUAGCCGACAACCUGGGCUGGUUCUCCGACCUGGAGGGGAAGCGGAACAUUGAGGAGAUCCUGGCGGCCAAAGGGGAGAAGGUGAGACGUGUGGCUGGAGAGGAAGCCCUGGAGCUGCUCCUGGAGAGCUCGGCAGACACCGGGUCCGGAGGGGAACCCACAGAGGGAGAAGGCGGGGAAGGGCCCCCCAAGAUCGGCAGCAAGGGGCAGACCUGA